GUAAUCCAAAAACAGAAAAUCAAAAUACUUGUUUAUAUUAAUUAUUUCGUCGUUUUAUUCAUUCAGUUCUGAAUAUUAAGAUGAUAACCGUUGAUAAAGCCAUCACGCCUAAGGGUGGAAUACUUGGGAGAUUUGUGCCAGCUCGAUACCUUUUGGCUGCACUCGGAUCAACCGGUUUGGCGAUAGUUUACGGUUUGAAAGUAAACUUAUCAGUUGCUAUGGUUGUGAUGCUCAACCACACAGCCUUAGGUCACGGAGUAAACUCAAUUCACCAUUCUGAUGAUGAAAACACUUGCCGACCAGACCAGAACUCAACUACAACUGAGGUGAGUAUUGAAUAAAAAUAUUUAUACAAGAUGGUGUAACAUUAUAUGUUAUGUCUUCUUUUAAAGGAUGGUCCAUUUAUAUGGAGUGAACCGCUACAAGGGGCAAUAUUGAGUUGUUAUUUCUGGGGUUACUUUGCUUCACAACUACCAGGUGGACGAAUAGCUGAAGUGGCUUCAGCUAAAUGGGUAAUGUUCUUCAGUGUCGCAAUAAACGUUGCUUGUACUCUGUUGACACCGAUAAUGGCCGACUUCCAUUAUUUUGCUGUGAUACUCAUGCGUAUUGCUGAAGGAAUUGGUGGCGGUGUAACUUUUCCGGCGAUGCACGUGCUAUUAUCACGAUGGUCUCCGCCUUGCGAACGAUCUGUGCUUUCGUCGGCUGUCUACGCUGGUACCUCCUUGGGAACAGUCGCUUCCAUGUUGAUGGCCGGAGCCUUGGCCUCUCACUGGGGAUGGAGAGCAGUGUUUUACGUUAUGGGGGCUCUGUCGGCACUGUGGUGCCUUCUGUGGAUAUGGCUCGUUCAGGAUACGCCUAGAGCUCAGAAAUAUAUCAGCCAGGAAGAACGAGAUAUGAUUGAAGAAUCGCUGAGAACGGAGCAAGCAACCGAAAAUUAUACUCCUGUUCCUUGGCGAUCCUUGUUCACGUCCAAGCCAUUUAUUGCAAUUAUAGUAGCGCAUACUUGUUCGAAUUGGGGCUGGUAUACAUUAUUGAUAGAACUGCCUUUUUAUAUAAAGCAAGUGCUGCAUUUUAAUAUCAAAGAGAAUGCCCUGGCCACUUCUUUACCGUUUUUGACGAUGUGGCUAUUCAGUAUGAUGUUGAGUAAAUGCUUAGAUGCACUUCGAACAAAUGGGUCCUUAUCAACAACUUCAGCUAGGAAAAUCGCUACAUUGAUUGCGUCCUGCUGCCCAAUGUGCUGCUUGCUCCUGCUCGGAUUUGUUGGUUGCCAACGGAGCGCUGCCGUUGCUCUGAUGGCACUGGCGGUUACAACUAAAGGAGCAAUGUUUAGUGGAUUCCUUGCAAAUCAUAUAGAUCUGGCACCAAAUUAUGCAGGAACCAUGAUGGCUGUAACAAACACAUUAGCCACUAUCCCAGGAAUAUUAGUGCCAAUAGUUGUUGGACAAUUAACACAUGGAAAU